UCACACAAAAGCGUGAGCCACGCCCACGACCCAUACCCAAAGCCGAAAGUCAGCGUUUAUAAAUCCACCAAAUUUGCUUACAUUUCAGCCUUCGAUUGCCCCAUCUGAGUGAGUGAGUGGCUUACCCCCUUCCUCUGCUCACCUCUUACCUUCUCCAUCAAGCUCUCUCUCUAACCCGACCUUCCUCCAUGGAUCCUUACAGGCACCGCCCUUCAAGUGCUUUCAAUUCCCCGUUCUGGACCACCAAUUCCGGUGCUCCAGUUUGGAACAACAACUCUUCUCUCACUGUUGGACCGAGAGGUCCAAUUCUGCUCGAGGACUACCAUCUGGUGGAGAAACUCGCCAAUUUUGAUAGAGAACGGAUCCCAGAGCGUGUUGUCCAUGCUAGGGGAGCCAGUGCAAAAGGUUUCUUUGAGGUCACCCAUGAUAUUUCUCACCUUACAUGUGCUGACUUCCUUCGAGCCCCUGGAGUUCAGACACCUGUCAUUGUGCGUUUCUCCACUGUUAUCCAUGAGCGUGGCAGCCCUGAAACCCUGAGGGAUCCUCGUGGUUUUGCGGUGAAGUUUUACACCAGAGAGGGUAAUUUUGAUUUGGUGGGAAACAAUUUCCCCAUCUUUUUUGUCCGCGAUGGAAUGAAAUUCCCGGACAUGGUCCAUGCUCUCAAACCAAACCCUAAGUCCCACAUCCAAGAGAAUUGGAGGAUCCUUGACUUCUUCUCCCACCAUCCAGAAAGCCUCCACAUGUUCACCUUCCUGUUGGAUGACCUGGGAGUUCCACAAGAUUACAGGCACAUGGAAGGGUCUGGUGUUAACACCUAUACUCUUAUCAGUAAGGCCGGGAAGGCACACUACGUGAAAUUUCAUUGGAAACCCACUUGUGGAGUCAAGUGUUUGUUGGAGGAUGAGGCUAUUAAGGUUGGAGGAGCUAAUCACAGCCACGCUACCAAGGAUCUCUAUGACUCCAUCGCAGCUGGCAACUACCCGGAGUGGAAACUUUUUAUUCAGACAAUUGAUCCUGAUCAAGAAGACAGAUUUGACUUUGACCCACUUGAUGUUACUAAGACCUGGCCUGAAGAUAUUCUUCCCCUGCAGCCGGUUGGCCGUUUGGUACUGAAUAAGAACAUUGAUAACUUCUUUGCAGAGAAUGAACAACUUGCUUUCUGCCCUGCCAUUGUUGUCCCUGGUGUCUACUAUUCAGAUGAUAAGUUGCUCCAAACUCGAAUCUUCUCCUAUUCUGAUACUCAGAGGCACCGUCUUGGCCCGAACUAUUUGCAGCUCCCAGUUAAUGCUCCCAAGUGUUCUCAUCACAACAAUCACCAUGAAGGAUUUAUGAAUUUCAUGCAUAGGGAUGAGGAGGUUAAUUACUUCCCAUCAAGGUAUGAUCCUGCUCGCCAUGCUGAGACCUUCCCAAUUCCUUCUAAUAUCUGCACUGGAAAGCGUGAGAAGUGCGUCAUUGAGAAGGAGAACAACUUCAAGCAACCUGGAGAGAGAUACAGAUCUUGGGCACCCGACAGGCAAGAGCGAUUCCUCCACCGAUGGGUUGAUGUCCUAUCCGAACCUCGUGUCACCCAUGAAAUUCGCAGCAUUUGGAUCUCAUACUGGUCUCAGGCUGACCGAUCCUUUGGUCAAAAACUGGCGUCUCGUCUUAACGUGAGGCCGAGCAUUUGAGGGCGAUGCCAAUGCAAGAUGUUUGAGUUUCGAUAAGACAUAGUGAAAGGAAAAUGUGGGAGGAGAGAAAUCAAAUGUUAAAUUGGUUUAUCCUCGUAUCGUGAUACUGUCAUACUAAAUUUCGCAUGUAAGUGACAUGUAACCUCAAUGUAAUAAGUCCGAAUUGUUCGUACUAUGCAACUCCAAUGUAAUCCCUGUUUGGUGCCAAUUAUCUCCUGUUAAUGGCUGUGAUCUGGUUGCUGUUCGGGGUUGGCGGUGUUGUCUGAGGCGGCGAUGCUCGGUGAUGGAUGACGUUUCCGGUGGCUGGCUUGGAUCUCUGUCGGUGGAGGAGAUUUCAGUAGAAGCUUCUCGGUUGGUUGUUCUGUGUUUUUUUGGGCUUCAGUGUUGUGGGGCCCCUUUCUUGUUUUCUGUUGGUUUUGGCCCUUUUUGGUUGUGUAUAAUUGUAAGUUUGGUUUUUGGUUUACUUGUAAUUUUGGACUUGUUUAAUAAAAAUUGAGGAGUUUUGACGUAGUUUUGCUACCGUCAAAACUUUUUCCGAAAA